AUGCUGAGAUGCCACGGAGGCCGCAGAGACACAGACACCGAGCAAGAGCUCCAGCAAAGAUUUUCACUGCAGGUUGAUUUGACCUGGGAUUAACCAGGGGAUACUGAGCAGAAUAGAGAUGAAUUCCGAAGAUGGUUCUUUAACAGAGAACAGCAGCUUGCAUCCUGAGAAUGGAGAACAAGGUAACGCCACCAGCUCCCACUUUGUGACACAUCCUGAAGGAUCCCUUCAGGUCCCUGUCCCAUGUGCUGUAGUGACUGUGGCCUUCAUCACCAGUUUAAUCAUAGCUGUCAUUGCCUUAACAGUGGGCCAGUAUAAUUGUCCAGGCCAAUAUAUGUCCUUGGUGCCAUCAGAGAGCCACGUCACUUCAUGCUCAGAUGAGUGGGUUGGAUAUCAAAGGAAAUGCUACUUUUUUUCCACUAUGAAAAGGAGCUGGACCUCGGCUCAAAGCUCUUGUUUGAAACAUGGUGCUACUCUUGCUCUCAUUGAUUCUGAAAAGGACAUGAUCUUUCUAAAACAAUAUGUGGGUAGAACUGAACACUGGAUUGGGCUGAACAAUGAAGAUGGUCAGACAUGGAAAUGGUCAAAUGGCAAAGUGUUUAACAACUGGUUCAACCUUACAGGAUCUGAGAACUGUGCAUUUCUCAAUAGCACAGAGGUCAGCAGUGAAGAAUGUCAAAAUAAUUUACACUGGAUCUGUAGCAAACCUUCCGAAUAAUGAGGAACAUACUCACUUCUGGACUAUCAUGGAACUAAACUGAGUGUAGGUGGAUGCUGCUCUGUGGUCAGAAAUUUUCCAUAAGGACUCUGGAAAAUCUUCAUCUUAUUUUGGAAAACUGCUUCCAAACAGAACUGUGGAGAAAAGAAAGGGAAAUUCUGGGAAAGCCUGCACUGUGGAACACUCCUGCCUUGAGCUAAAAACAUCACAGGUUGACAGAUAAGCAAGCCCAAGAAUGAGAAGAAUGACUGUAAAACUUUUCAGAUGCACUUUAUAAUUUUUAAACCUGGAAAUAGUAAAAUAACUAGGUUUAAUGUUAUUAUUUAUUGCUGAAUGACUACCAACAGUGUGUGCCCUUCAUUCAUUUGCACUAUAUGAAAGAUUGAGAUGACAGUAUCAAAAACUGAAUGUAAACAGGGACUGGUGACAGAUCAGAUAUUUGGUCGAAAUGCAUUGCUUAAACUCUGAGAGCAUUUGAAAGUGGGCAAGUACUUAUACUGAGCUUAGGAAUAUUUCUCUCUUUUUUAGAGAAGUCUACCAAGUUACUUUGCAAUUUUUGUACUCCCAAAGCAUGGUGUGAACGUGUAUUUAUAUUUGUUUGUUUUUACUUCCUCAAUGUAACUGGUCUUUUUUCAUGGUACAUAUUUCUUUGCCUUUAAAUUUUUAUAUUCUGUAUUUGGCAGAGAAAAGACAAAGGCAAAAAAACAUGAGGAAGAUUUGGAAAACAGAUGAAAGUGUUGGAAAAUGUGCAAUAGGUGAUGUGGCAAAUAUCUAUAAGGAAAAAUUCAGUAUUGUUAAAGCUGGAAUAAUGCCAGUCUUAUCUUAUAAUUUGUGUCCUCCCUAAUUAAUUCUAUCAUGUGCAAUAUUUCAUGUAAACUAUUUUCUUUGUGCAAUGAAAUGUGUCUAUUUGUUUAUGUUUUGAAUUCUACAGUUAUAAGCUGUUUUUAGGUAUAUGGAAAUAAAUUUAAAAUCAACAAAAUGGUUUCCAAGAAGUGUGUAUUCUUUCAAAAUGUGUUCAAACUUAGAUAUCGUACCAGAAAACAGAAAAUAAGCAAAAUACUCUAACAUUAACAAAAAUCAUAUCUAUAAUAAAACCUUAGAUUUAUAACAUGGCUUAUACUUUUGAAGUUGUUUUCAUACAUGUGUAUCCUAAAGGGUGUGUCUAAUUUUAUAUAUUUAGCAAUAAAUGCAGGUCUAAUUGAUUUGGGAGGAAUUUGCCACUUUUGAAAAUUUCUUUGUUUCUGUUAUUUUCUUUUUUCUUUUAUUGCUUAUCACCCUCAUCCUGAAGAGGCACAGAGAAAUUAGGAGACACCUACAGUCUCUCAGAAUCAGUGUAAGGACCUAUUCAUAAACUCAUCCUCACUUCAAUAACACAAUAAUUGGUCCUCAUAACUGAUGUUCUGAAAGCAUCUGGUUAAAUUCUAAAGCACUACACAUAUUUUGGUUAUCAGCAUAAAAUAUUGAAUUAAAUAGAAACAACAACUGCAUAAUAUUCAUGUUAUAUUUUAAUCAGGAAGAAAUUAAUGACUCAAUAAUUUUACAGAUGUAUUUUGCAAUAUUCUCCUCUAACAUUUGGAAAUGCGUAAUAUAUAUGUUCUCUUUAAACUGUGUCACCAGCAUGGCAUAUUGAAAAGAAAUGUAGACUCUAGACACUACUUAGUGAUAAAUAUUAUACAGGUUUCUUAACCUCUGUGCUUCUCAAAUCCCAUAGCCGUAAAAAAACACAGUCUCCUAGCUCUAAUGUCCUGCAAUUAAUAAUGUCAUGCCAUCAAAUAAAAGCCUAUUCUCAAUUUUCGUAAAUUUGGCCAGACUUUCACAUGUCAAAAUAUAAUUGAAAUUAAAACACAAAAAAAAUUCUGAGGAAGGUAUUGGGAAAUACAUGACUGCAAAGACUGCUAGUGAUUGUGUAAAUUAGUUUAGUUUAACUUUUUGGAAAGCAGUUUGGCAAUCCUUGUAAAAAACCUUAAAAUGAUUCAUAACUUUAAUCUUCAUUAAUUUUCUCUUUGUGAAUUUUAAGGGAAUAAUCUUGGAUUUGCAAGACAUAACCACA